AUGUCUGCUGAGAUUUCCGUUCAAGGAUACGCUGUACCGGCGGCCAUCGCUAACAGAUUUGAUCGAAAUUCUCACGAGAAAUCGCCAUUCUCUUAUUCAAAGCCGACUCCAGGAGAACCGACAAGGCACACAAAGAUCCCGAUUCCAAGAGUAUUAAACUACGCGAGCGAAGAAGAGGACCCAUAUUUCCCUCCUCCGCCUUAUUCAAAAAACGAACGAGCCAUGCCUCAGAUUGCUCAUUUACAGUACAACUCGCCAGCCGAUCUCUAUUCCAGAGAAUCGGCUCAAGAGCAAUUCGUGCAACAAAUCGGCGAUGGAGCGAUCCCAUUGCCAGCUCCACUCCCCGAGAAGCAUUUUGACCCGAAUCGGAGUGCCACUUUGAGAUAUAUUAAGGAGGGUGAUCGCAAUGGUUAUGGGCCAAGUUUAGAGCAAAAGAUUGCCGCCGUCGAACAGGCACGAGAUUACAAGUCUCCAGAACCUUCGUGGGCAAACUAUGCUCGAGAGAAGAGCGAACGCGCCCGCUCGAUGACACCCGGCUAUCAUCGUGCUCAAUCGGAGCCAAGAGACACUUGGACGUACGAGUAUCAGCGCGAGUCGAGCAAGACUCCUGCAAGAGAUAUCGAUUGGAGAGAAUUUCAAGAACGUACGAAGACCUAUGUACAUGACACAAAAGGGGGCGGUGUUCCAUACUGGGCUCAUGCUGAGUUCAAUCAACCAAAUCAAACACAUCACGGGUAUCGCGAGAAAACCCCAAAAGGCUACGAGUGCGGUGGAAUCGACUAUCGAGGGAAUCUUCACUUUGAUCCGCCUGGUCCUUACGAUUAUGUGUACACCAAAAAGACGAAAGAAGAAAAACAAUCCCGUCCCGGCUUUGCGAUCGGGGGAACAGAUUUUGGAACAGGCUAUGUCUCAGCUGGACCUUAUCAUGGUCAUGGACCGGAUCCACCUCGAAGAAGAACCAAAUACACAGCCGAUCCCAAUGCUCCAGUGAAUGUGGCUUUGGCUCCAAACAUUGAUGCGGUCGAUCCACAUCUCCUUGUUGGCGACACUGUUUCCAAUAUGAAAACUGGAAAAGAGAAGGGAUCAAAAGAAGAUGGUUUGAUGGGUUUAUCUUAUCGUGGUACUGAAGGCUUCAAGAGAGAUCACCGAGUGACAGCCAGGCGCGCAGAACAGAAACAGGAUAACACAUUUUGCACGAAUUACACAAGAAGGUCAAGGAGUGCAUCAGCUCCGAGAUCAAGUGCUCCACCUGAGCAGCGAAACGUUUGGCGGAACCAGGAGAACUACGAUCCGUACUAUCAUGGAGCUGAUAAAACGGUGAAUAUCCAUACUUUGUUGACCGAUGAGGCAUUGGUGCCAAGAAAACGCGAAACGACGCCGACUUGGCGCGAAAAAAGUUUAGAGAAACAUUACAAAUGGGAGCACAGAGAAGACCCGGCAAACGUUCGACCGAUGACUUGGACUCGUGAGCCAAACUGGACGAGAACGGUGGAAGAGAGGCGAGGCGCUUGGGAGAAUCGAGCCUGGGACACGGAGGCCAGAUUGGCCCUUCCCGCUUCGGCGAAAGUUCGCUCCGAGCCACCGCCAUCUUGGCACCACAACGCUCAGCAAAAGCAAUCCGUUUGGCAAAGUGCCGCCAAUCAACAGACCGGCACCAACUCGUACACUUACUCUAUUCCACCUGGUAGUCAAUACAAUUAUCAAACGACUACAACAACCACUGGACCCCCACCGCAUCAGUCUCAAGUCGCUGCUCAAAACUAUGAGACGAGCUACUCAAGCAACUAUGGUGACAACAAUGCAAACUAUGUGGCCAAUACUGGCUUCAAUAAGGCACAAUAUGACUAUUUAGAGCAACGUCGUGAAAAGUAUGGGCCCGGAGGUCAUGGCGGAACGGGUGUUGGCUAUCAACAACAUCAGUACACCACAAAUACGACGACAAACACGACUCAGAAUCAGCCACAAAUGCAAAGCUACCAAGCGUACAAUCAACAACAACAGCAGGAGCAACGAGAGACGAGAAAAACCACGACCACGACGACAAAUGUUCAAAACGCGCCGGUUACCCGAACCACGACCUAUUCCUACUCACAGCAACCAACCUCUCAACCGAUCGCUCUUCAGAAUGGAGCUUUCCAGACGAGUCAUUCCUCAACAACUCAGACUGUUCGAGAAACCUCCCAACCGGCUCCCAUUCAAAACUAUCAACAACAAUAUCAUCAAGAACGUCGUGAAAAGACGACAAGCGAAGAGCGCACCACGCAACCCGUUCAACAAAUUCAGCAACAAUGGCAACAACAAAAUCAAGAGCAGAGAACUGAAAAGAAAACGAUUCGCGAGGAGCGAGUAAAGCCUGCUCAAUGGUGGGAACAACAACAACAGCAGAGAAGAGAAACGAAAACUACUCGUGAAGAAGUGACUCGACCGCAACAAGUUCAACAACAAUGGCAUGAACAGCGACAUCAUCGAAGAGAAGAGACUAGAACCGAGAACAUUCAACCACCUCAACCCGUCCUUCAACAACAAUAUUGGCAACAAAAAACUCAUCGUGAAGAGAAAACGACAAAUGAAACGCAACCAAUUCAACCGAUUGUCCAGCAACAGCACUGGCAACAAUCUCGUCGUGAAGAGAAAACAACAAAAGAAGAAACGCAACCAGUCCAACCGAUCGUCCAGCAACAGUACUGGCAACAACAAUCAAGAAAAGAAGAGAAAACCACCCAGGAGACUCAUCCAGUUCAACCAGUCGUCCAGCAAUGGCAAUCACAGCAAAACUAUCACAAGAAAACUGAGAAUCGAACUGAAAACAAAUCUUAUCCACUCGUUUCUUCAAAUUCUGGAACAAAGACGACUGUGGUCACUUCGGGUCCACCAGUUGAUCGAAAGUUAGAGAUGUCUGAGACGCUUCCACUUGGGACAGUUGCGAAUACUCAUGCAAAUACUCAAGGUUCCUAUCACAAUCCGCAAGGACACGAAAUUUCAUAUAAAAGAGAUCUCCAAACGACAGCCGAUCCAGGCAGAGAUGUUGCAUUGUUGAAAGAAGAAGAGAGACGAGUGGUUGAGAAUGAAUUGGAACCAGGAGUCAUUUCAAGACAUAUUACAACAAAGUACUACAAAAAGAAGACGGUCACCGACACCACAACAACAAAUCAACAACCAAGCUACGAGAUUUUCCAAGCAGGACGAACAAUUUUGAGCCCAAAUCCACAAAAUCGACGUCAAAUCUCGAAAAGUGCACCAAAUGUUCAUGAAGAGACGAAUUUCGAGGACUACCAGCGCACUAUUGACUUCUUACCCCACAAUUUCACCUCAUUACCCCAAUCGGCGCAAAACGAGUUCAACCAGUGGACCGGCAACAAAUUCGCUCAGGAAUUGUCAAACCCAAAGAACUUCUCGAACGCAUCCAACUAUGCCCACAAGGAGUAUGAGACCUACAAUUCAUCAAAUCCCGCACCAAGACUGGAAAACAUUGGCUUCAUGAGAAACACCCCGAGAUCCAUCAAAAAUCAUAAUUAUUUCCAAAGAACUUUGCAAACGAUGCAAUCACAAUCAAGACAACAACAAGAACAAGAACAACAGCAACAAGAAGAACAAGAACAACAACAUCAACAGCAGCAGCAACAGCAGCAUCAACAGCAGCAACAGCGGCAACAGCAACAUCAGCAGCAGCAACAACAACAACAACAGCAGCAGCAACAACAACAACAACAACAACAACAACAGUUUUUUGAUCAACAGAGUCAACAACAGCAACAGCAACAACAGCAACAACAACAGCAACAGCAACAACAACAGCAACACUUCUCGGCGCCAAUAAUUACCUCCGAAUUAGCCGCUAUUGAAACCUAUGCCCCUUCGCCGAUUCAUCCACAAGAAUCCCUUCUGAUUGAGACAAAUCAAAGAUUACCGUUAAAUGAUUAUCUCUAUGAUUUGAAUCAAGCUCAAGAAUAUCAUGGAGAGACUGAGAAAAGGAGGACAAAGAGCUCGACUCCUUCCAAACGCUCAAAAUCAGAGCCCAGAUCGAUGAACGGAUCUUUCAUUGAUGAGUCGACGAAUAGGGAACUCGGCUCAAUGGGAAAAGUGGUAAGCAUUCCGACUCUCUUGGAUGGGUCAGCAUUGAUGCCAAAACGCUAUAAAGUCGUGCCAUUUUGGUACGAGAAGUCGUUGAGUCGGCAUAAUAGUUGGAAAAACAUUCGUGAUCCAUAUGUACCGCCAAGAACGGGAGCUGAUAAGGAGAAACCUUUUUGGGCUGAUCGAGAUCAUUUGAAGAAAGGUUGCUGGGAGUUGCAGAUGAAAAAACACAAUCAAAAAGUCGUUCAACUCACUGCCGAUCACUAUGAAGGAGAUCCAGCACCGGUGCAUGUUUACUCAAAUAACAAG